AUGCCACUCCCCAAUUUCAACACUGAUCACAACAAACCAACGGGAGGCUGGCCUCAGUUCUCUGAGACCGCCUCCGGAUGGGAGGCCAUAGAGAGGCACGUGAUAAAGCACGACACUGCGGAAAUGAGGGAUUAUGCAGAAGACAUAGACACAUUGCUCGUCUUCGCUGGCCUAUUUUCCGCCAUUCUAACUGGAUUCAUUGUACAGACAUAUCCGAUGCUCACUGAGGACGACUCCGUUACGACGAACCAGCUCCUCGCCUUGAGUGUAUCUGCGCGGCUCCGUGCUACUAGUACCAUUGUUCCAUCCACCAUGAAUUCCACUCUUUUCUCCCUCCUCGACACAGCACCGUUCGUUCCGUCCACAGCUGUGCGGUCAAUCAACAUACUCUUUUUCCUGAGCCUGAUAUUCAGUCUCGCCGCUGCGCUGUUUGGAAUCCUUGCUAAACAGUGGCUUCGCGAGUAUCUCAAGUGGAACUCUGCACUACCUUCUGCACGAGAGAAUGUGCUCGUGCGGCAGGUUCGCAUUGAGGCUUGGGAAGCCUGGAAUGUCGCCGCUACCAUCUCAUCCAUUCCCGCUCUCCUCGAGCUUGCCAUGGUCCUCUUUCUUACCGGUAUCGUGGUUCUUCUCUGGACGCUCGAUGACAUCGUCGCGAAGGUUGUCACUGUCUUUGCCGUAUUGUUCCUGCUUGUGGCCUCCGCCUUCACCGUCCUCCCUAUCUUCUUCACACGUUGCCCCUACAAGUCACCAACUGCAUGGGCAUGCGUCUCUGCAUAUUACGCCAUCACAAUUAUUCCCGCAUACUGCUUCGCAAUUGUGAAGUAUCACCGGCACCUCUUGUUCCGCUCCUGGCAGAGAUUCUACCGUCCCAUAUUAGCAAUUCACAUGCGAGAAACCUGGGUCCGCUGUGCCGCUACCUGGCCGACCUCUUGGAGGGAAUGGGACCUUCAGAGCUGCAGAGAUAUCAGUCCAAAACUCGAUGGAAAAUCUUUUGAUCGAAAUGAAGUUCGAAAGGCUGUUUGCAAGAUACUCUCGGAGAUGUCUCCUUGUCCAUCACAGCUCGAACAGGUGGCAGCAGACGCAGUCCUCAAGGACAUUUCCGAGACCUCUUACCUUGUUCGCGCACUUAGUUGGGUACAACAAUCGUCCCAGGACCCACGCACAUUGGAUUUUGUGAAACAGUGCAUUGAGUCUAUCCAUCCUGAACCACCGUCUGCACUAUCGACGUUCGACUUCAUCGAUGCCGCGGUUAACGUAGUGGCGACCCGAUGCGUUCUUCUCGCCCUGCAGGAAAAUUUGCUCACGCAUUCGCAUUCGGCACUGCUCCAUGGCUCAGAAUCUGCGCUCUGUCUACUCAGGCCGUUUCCAGGAGAGUAGCCUAUUCGUCCCUUCCAUGUGAGUCAUAUCCACGGACAAAUGCUUGUGGCCGACCUGCGGCGUGUUGUCGCCCGAGGAGACACCCUGGCUCCUGCGGCAGCAGAACUCUCGGCAAUCUUACAGCACGUAACCAUAAGCAAAAGCUGGAACUACCACGAGGGGGGAAGGGCUGUGUUGCGAGAUAAGACAUGCACAUGGUACCAAGAAGCAUUACAUGCCAUGAUUCAGGUUCAAUUCCCACCGCAGUACCAAGAUGUCCGGCUUUCUGUCUUCCAGGAGGCCCUUCGUCAAGGCCGGCUCGUGGUCACCCCGGCUAAGACACUAGGUCCGUGCUCUCAUGUU